UGCUGCAUUUUUCUUCAAUAGGGUGGAAGUGCACGAGGCCGAUCGGUAAGCGAGCCAUGAUGCUGGUGGCACCGCUCGUGCGUGCUGCGACUCGUCGUCAAUGCGUUCAGCAGCAGGGAACGAGCUGCCGAAGGAGACUGCCUUCGACCGUCGGCGCCGUCCCGGGGCUGGCGUGCCGGCGAUGGCUGAGUGACUCCUCUUCGGACACACCGCGGCCGCCCUCUUCUGCUGCUGCUGCAACGGAUGGGCGAACGUGGACGUGGUCUACCCCCUCUCCCAAUAGGCCUGGGAGAGGAGGAGCGGAGAUCGCCGUGAUCCCCAGGGUGAACCUCACGGUGGACGAGGUGGUGAAGGCGGUGGAGGCUCAGGGAGGCACGGACGUGCGCGCGAUCGACCUCAGGGGGAAGGGCGCGGGCAUGGGAGAUUUCAUGGUGUUUUGCACGGCGGCUACUCCCCUUCAGAUGCGGCGCCUUGCGAACAUGGUCGUCCAGGCGUUAAAGCAGCGCAAGCUGGUGAAUGCCAUGGGGAUAACGGGGGCGGAAGGGAUCGACUGCGACGACUGGAUGCUCGUAGACUGCGACAACUUGAUCGUGCACUUCAUGACCGCGGAAGCGCGGCAGGAGCUCGACCUCGAGACGCACUGGGAGACAGUCGCGAGCGGGACGGCCCUGGGCUCGAAGCGCAAGAAGGGGGAGGAAGGGCACGUGGAGGACCCGGUGGACUGGGAGGAAGAUUUCGGGCAGGAGGCGGCGAAGGCGGCCGGGCGAGGAAUUAUCGACGAAAAUCGAUGA